ACACACACACACACACACUAGUAGGCUACUCUUGACAGGAUGAACUGAUGAACAGUAGCAAGUCAACCGGAUCUUACACUGUACGCGUGUGCCUUUUAUGUAGCUAUAAUAUCUUGUAGGUUAAAAUAGUUGAACUAAACUUGUCAGUUUUACGCAAAUCCAUUUUGAAUGCUGUUAAAAAUACCACUGAGCUCAAGUAAUGGCACUGUCACAGGUUCAGUGCCUUGAUAACAAUCACAUCAAUUUGCGCACAAACGAGUCCAAGCCGGGGUUCUUCUACAGCGAGCAGCAGAGGCUCGCGCUGGAAACACUCAUACAUGACGGACAGGACGCCUAUGAGGACUACAUCCAAACAAACAACAUCCGCUGCUUUCUAUCAGACCUUGAACUUGAGAGCAUUCUCAACACUGUGGAGGUGUAUUGCCCGGGUUCCCUUGAUUUUAACGCUGAGCUGCUCGGCGACAGUGAUGGGGAAGAGGUUUCGCUUCAGUACUGGCCUGACCGCUCGGACCGCUCGAUCCCGCUGCUGGACAUCGGGUGGCCGGACCGGGCGUCCUACCGCGGACUGACUCGCGUUCAAGUGUACAUUCAGCCUCCUUAUGAGGGACAGUCACAUAUUAAAGAGGUCGUUAGAAAAAUGAUCUCCCAAGCACAAAAGGUUAUUGCAAUUGUCAUGGACUUGUUCACAGAUAUUGACAUUUUCAAAGAUCUCCUGGAUGCAAGCUACAAGCGGAAGGUUUCUGUGUACAUUAUGUUGGAGGCCACCGGAGUGAAGCACUUCCUGAGAAUGUGUGAGAAAGCAGGCAUGCACACUGGACACCUAAAGAACAUGAGAGUGCGCAGCAUCAGAGGGACAGGAUUUUUUAGUCGAUCCUCCAAGAGAGUGUGUGGAAGCCAAAGCCAGAAGUUCAUGUUUAUUGACGGAGACAAAGCAGUCUCAGGGUCAUAUAGUUUCACGUGGUCUGCCUCAAGACUGGACAGAAAUCUCAUCACGGUUCUCACUGGCCAAGCAGUCGACACGUUUGACUCAUUGUUUCAGGACAUGUAUGUGAUGUCUAAUGGAGUGUGUCUGAGCACGAUUAAUCUAAGCAGUGAGCCUGAACCUGAUUUCCUCCCUCAAGUAGUACCUACUCUACUUCCCUCAGCCACAACAGCACUCAAGCUUAUUAACCCGAAAUACACUCUUGUCUCCAACUGCACUUUCACUUCCAACAGACCUGCAUCUGACCAGACAAGUGCCAAGAACAGCACUUCCAGGAAUCAACCAGAAGUCAUCAAACAAAUUAAAGACACACCAGUGGUGCCACCAGUUCACCCAGGACUGCUCAACCUGGAAAAGGCAAACAUGAUCAAUUAUGUGCCAACCUGGCCCGAUCCUGACCCGCCGAGUGAUGUCAUUGGUUUUAUAAACAUAAGAGACUCCAACAAGCCACUGCAAGCUCACCUAAUGCGUUCAGAACUCUUUGAAGUGUCUCAAGCCAUCCGAUUCAAGGAUCCUCUUCAUGAUCCAAAGGAGUCUUUGAGGGAUUGUCCUGGACCUAUAUCCCAAACUACCUCUGAUCCUGAAGCUCCAGUUCAGAAGCAAACAUCAGGUGAAGCGCAGAAGUAUUUUGAUCAAAAUCAACAUCAAAGAAGCAGCCAGAGAGAGAAUCUUAUCUCACCUUUGGAGAAGCCGAAAACAGUGCAUGUGCUUGCCUGUAAUAAAGUAAAUAAAGAACAACUAUGCGUGAUGGAAAAAGAGCUGGCCUCUAUAUCUUUCCAUAGAAAAAAUAUAAAUAGGGAAAAAGACUUUCCCAAUACAAUUUUAUCUUUUGCUCAAGAUGAUACAGAUACAAAGCAAGCUCUGGAUACUCCAAAACCUCUAAAAUGUCCUGCCCAAACCUCAGAGGAUCUUGAAUUGAAAUCAUCAUCAUCAGUGUUGUCCAUCAAACAUCAUUAUGAAUCAUUUGCAAUCUCAGAAACCCCUUCUGUUAAGCAAAGCCAAGAUGACCAAGUCAUAAAUGAUGUUGCCACUCAUGACUAUAGAGAUACAAAACCAGACACAAAACAAAAUGGCUGGAAUAGUACGCAGGGAUCUAACUGUGACUCCAGCAUCUCUUCAUUGUCUGAUGAAUUCUACCAGUGUUUUAGUCCUGUGGCUGACUUUAGGUCUGUAGGAGAUGUCUUUUUGCCUGAAAAUACACCAGAAUCUUUGCAUAAUUCAAUCGAAAACAGUCAACAAGAGCAGGGAGUUCCUUGCUCAAAUUCAUCCCCAGCUCAAGAGAAUACAGAUUUGGAUAGUAAAAAUACCUUGUUUAUUCAGAAACUUUUAAAAACAUCUUGCAGUAUUAUUUUCAAUUUCUUAUUUCCGGACUUAAAAACAACAGCUGCAACUUCAAAAAACACCUCUGCUCAAAAAAGAGACAAAGGUACCAUAAUAAAUGAUAGUGAACUACCAGUCAAAUACAGUGAACCCUGUUAUUUCUCAUGUACUCCUAAUGGUUGCUUCAACUUCUCUUCAACUUCGGAGGAAUACUUUGAGUGCAGUGAUACAGUGGGUUUGACGUCAGAAAUUGAUGGUAUAGAUCAUGAAGUGAAACCAAGCUCAGUGGAGACAUUAAGUCCGGAUGAACGACUACAAGUACUGAAGCCUAUACUGGAAAAUGAGAAACUAUCAGAACUAAGAGGUCAGAACACAAAAGAAUACAAUGACCCUGAAAUGCAUUUUGGACAGGGUCAGCUCAAAUUUCAACAAAUACUAGAGAUGAUAGCUGACAGUCACCAGGCAGUUUUAAAGUCUGAAGAUAAUGCCCAAACUCAACAGGAUGAGAAUGCUCACAGACAACUACAAGAGUCUGAAGUUACAUCAGAGACAGUAGUAGAGAGCAUACUGAUUAGUAACUUAUUGCAAGAGCAUGAGAUAAGUGCAUCUCUGAAGGUUUUAAAGAUACAGUCCAAAGAAGAUUCUGUAGAAUUAGUUGAGAAAGUUGAAAAAGCACCAAUGCAAGACUUACAACUUAAGAUAAGUCUGGAUUUAGCAUCUGAGCAACCUGAAAAAGAACCACGACAGGACAUGCAACUUGAUGAAAGUCUGGAUUUAUUAUGUGAGGAAAAGUCGUUAGCUGAGAAAGAUUCAGAACCACAACUACAGGACUUAGAGUCUCAAAUAAGUCAAGAUGUAAAGGGUGAGGUACAAUCUGUAAAGUUAGCUGAGAAAACUGCAGAACCACCACUGCAGGACUUAGAACCUAAGGUAAGUCUAGAUUCAGUAUGUAAGGGACAGUCUAUCCAGUUAGCUGAGACUACAACAAAGAGACUUCAACCGCCAAUACAGGACUCACAGUCUGAGGAAAGUCCAGAUUUAAUGGUCAGAGCUUCAGAAGUAAAUGCUAUCCCACAGUCAGCAACAGACAGUGAAUUUAGGAGUUCAGUACUGCAAGAUAAAACUGAUGUAACUCCUGUAAUUCCAGAGAAGACCAAGGCAACAGAGGAACUGCAAAACCCAUUGACUGAUUUAGAUUCUGGAUCAGAUCAUCCACUCAGCCUGAAAUCUGAAGAGCAUGUGAAUGAGCAUUUAAAACUUCAGAGCGAUGAGAUCAGUCCAGCAGCGCUAAAGAGAAAAUCCAAGGAGCACAAUCCUCAAGAGAAACUACCUGAACAGUCUGAAACCAUUGAGCUGCUGAUAUUAGAGGAUUCUGACUUCCAAAAGACAGAGUUGAACAAUUCUGAUCCCAUAAGACCUAGAGCUGCACUGAGCAAAGUAACAAAGAUGAGCAAAAAUAAACCUUUAGAACCAAAGACUAUAAAUAAUGAAAAAUCUAAAGAGAAUAAACUGGGUCAUGAUGUUUGCGGUAGGCAUAGAAAGGAAACAUGUCACCCUACAGCUCUGACUGAUGAGAAACAAGAAGAGGAACAUAUUUGUACAAAUCAGAUAAGCAUGAACCCGCCAGAGGCAAAACCCAAGCUGGAGUGUUUGGUUAGGAAGCAACCACAUCAAGCCUCAUCCAGAAUUCCUAUUCAAGUUAGAGGAGGGUUCACUAAGUUACCCAUCAGCAAAGCAGACACUAGCAAUCGCUCGUUUGGGCUUCAAGCCCCUAAAGCUGACAUACACAGACACCCACUUGGAAAACCACUGGGGCAGAAUAAGCCUAGCAUUACAUCACCUUCAUCUCCUGAAAAAUUGUCCCCAGGAAGAGUUGCUCUGGUUAGGUCAAAACAAAUUCUCCAGAGACCCCCUUGCACAGCGCGUCCACCAAUAGGUCCUAAGUUUCCCUUAAAACUGCCACAGGUCCAGCUGAUUGCAUCUAAGAUCAGGCAGCCAGACCAACCAAACUUUUCCUGGAAACAUUCUGCGUCUCUAACAAAGUAUAGUUGCUCUUCUUCUGGGAUUUCCGGUCUGGAACAAGUAAAGAAGCAGGCGAUUAAAGGGUCUCCGCCAAACAAACAGAACAAAGCAUGA